GCUAGCCUGUUUGUUGUCUGGUUUGGCACAUAAGUGGGCUGAGCUUAUAGGCACUGUUGAUCUUGAAUGUGUCUGUGUCUAGUUUUGCGUGUUUAGUACAGUAGUGUAGUAUAUUAACCAGUUCUAAACAUCUUUCCUCUCUGUUGUGUUGUGUCUUCCUGUCCUGUUUUUCCCUGUUUUCUAGGAAUCACCUUCAAGGUCAUCAGUCAUCUCUACUUGGCCUGGGGGUCUUCUAAAGGGUUGGACCUCCUCGCCACCAUGAAAGGGUUGGGGACCAACCGUAACAGACACCUGUCUGACUCCUGUGACCCUUCCGCAGGCCAUCCAGACACCCUCUACUCUCAGAGGACCAGCACCCUGCCACGCAGCCCUUACCUACUGAGCCCCACUAUGGACCACUAUGGCACCAUGGACCCCAACCUCUAUCAAUCAGCCAACCAAGGCUCCCUCCCACCAGACUGCAUGCUGCCCCUCAACAACCAGCUGUCCAACAGCAGCACAUUCCCCAGGAUUCACUACAACUCCUACGACCAGUCUGACUUCUCCCCACCAGGGGACAGCAUCGGGGGGAUAAGCACAGGGACCAUGGGCACAUCCAUGUCUAUGGGUAUGGGAACGGGCAUGGGCAUGGGCAUGGCAGGGCUGAGUGGACGAACACCUAUGAUAACAAGUGGCUCAGCAACUAUAUCGCAUCACAUGACCAAGAACCAGGCACCACCAAGUCUUCUGGAGUUCGAUAAGCAGCUACCUGGAGGCCGUGACGGAUUCAGCACGUUGCAGUUUCAUAGAACGUCUGCUGUUGCUGCCGCCAAACAGCGCACAGACAGUCCUGGUCGCAUCCGUUACAUGCUACACUCAGUGCAGAAGCUCUUUGCAAAGUCCCAGUCACUGGAGAGCCAACACAUGAAGGGAAAUGUCAAUGGACGCUCCACUGGCAGUGGUGGAGGCUCAUCUGGCACAGACGACGGGGGGAAGCAGAAUCGCAGAUCUAAAAGUAAAGAUAGGGGUACAAAAUCAGAAGCCACUGCCAAGCGACGACCACGCUCCAACAUGUCAGGCUAUUGGAGCUCAGACGAUUUGGACAGCAGCGAUUUGAGCAGCUACCAUAACACCAUGGCCAUGAUGACUCUGGGGCGUCCAACUGGCCACGACAGCCAGGGGGGCCAGAGCAGAUACAUCCACAGUGGCUACAACACUAUCAGCUCCUCUAAAAGCAGCAAUGACAUGAAGUAUCAGGCGCUUCCUGUGCCUGCGGAUGGAGGAGGUGGUGGACUAGGUGGAACAGGAAGAAUGGUAAUAAAUGAUAAUGACUAUAUGAAAGGAGGGUCCUGGUCAACACUGACCAUGGGCCAGCCGAGACAAGUAAUCCAGAAGGGCUCAGCUACUCUGGACAGGUCCAUGCUCAAGUCCAAAUCCUGCCAACAGGAACUAACCUGCAACUACCUACAGGUUGGACGAAGGGGUGAUUGGAGCAGCACAUUAGGGCGCAGCGGGGGUGCCAAUGAAAUCCCAUGUCGCCGGAUGCGCAGUGGUAGCUAUGUGAAGGCCAUGGGAGACAUGGAAGACAGCGACGACUCAGAGGGAAGCCCCAAACCCUCGCCAAAAACCGCAGCUCGCCGCCAGAGCUACCUCAGGGCUACACAGCAGUCUCUGAGCGACCAGCUACCCCCACGCAACUGUCUUCCAUCUCUCCGAGAGCUCUCCAAUAAUCGCAGCCUGGACAACCUAGACUGCAUUGGGGGUACAGGCUCGUCUUUGCCAAACUGGGAUGAUGAUGACUUCAGCCAGGCCUGCAGUACCUUGGGCAGACGUAGCUGCAUCGCACAGCUACGGGACCUGGAAAUGAGUCAUCAUUAUGAGGACCGCAGCUCCGAGUCCACAUUCAGAGAUUCCCGUUCCCACUCUCAGGACAACUCAGAGCCUCCAGACUUGCCCAUGCCAACAUGCUUCCGAUCACGCAGCCACAGCUACCUGAGAGCCAUCCAGGCUGGCUGUUCCCAAGAUGACGACACAGCAUCCAUAGACUCGGGCUGCUCACCGCCUCUGACUGACGCCACUGUUCGCACCUACAGCACCAGCACCGACGACCUUCCUACACAGUGGAAGACAUGGAAAGAACAGUUUGGCUCUUACCUGAUAGCCACUGGCUUGGACAAAGCCCCAAAGGAGAAACAGCUUGCAAUUUUUCUACAGCGUUUGGGGACAGACAGACCACGCAUCCUACCCACACACACAGUGUCUACAUGUAUAACCACCUGUAAGAAGGCUGCUCCUCCGCCCGUACCGCCCCGUACAACCUCCAAGCCCUACAUAUCUGUGACAGUACAGAGCAGCACAGAGUCAGCCCAGGACAACUACCUGGACCAGCAGGACCGGAGGUCAGAGGUCAACAGCCAGUCAAGCCACGCUCAUAGCAACUCAUCAGACAGCCUCGACAGCACCCGUGCCAACAGCCUGGCCCGGGGUAUUCCCCGCCCUCCACACAUCAUUCCCACUCCCAUCGCCAUCCCAAGAGAGCCAAUUGCCCCCACCACCUCCAAUGCUUCCACUGAGACAAGUGACUCAGUUGUCCAGCAUGAAUCCCUGAAAUCAGCAUUAAAUAAAGGGAAUCUAGUGGCAGAGGAGCCCCUAGUGGUACCAGUACCCAGACGGAAACUCUCCUCCAUUGGCAUACAGGUUGACUGUAUUCAGGAAGUUCCACGAGAGGAGACCCCGCCAUUGGCCAAAUUUCAGUCAAUCGGAGUACAGGUGGAGGACGGGUGGCAACACAGUCGCUCCAGUAGCAUGGCCUCAAAACAAGAAACAGACUCAGACACACAGGACAUCCCUUUCAUCUCCCAUAUCAAUAAUGUCAAACACUCUUCUGAGAAGAAAGUCAUGGUCAAUAGUGCCAGCCAAUCCAUGAGUUCCCCUCCUGGACAGGACUCUUUAGACAAUGGAGACACUACUGGAGACAUCUCUUCACCUCCGCCACCCAGGCAGAUCCUCAACCGCUCCACCACACGAAGUAGCUCUUCCUCCUUCUCAGAAAGUCUGGACCCAGCGCUGGACCCCUCGUCGUUACCACCUCCAGACCCUUGGCUGGAGAGCGGGAAUGGGAGUAACAGCAGUGUUCCCCAGAGCGGAGGAGGCGGGACGCUGUGUCGGAGAGAUGGCCACUGGUUCAUGAAGCUGCUGCAGGCUGAAACAGGACGCAUGGAAGGCUGGUGCCAGCAGAUGGAGCAGGAGACCAAAGACAACCAGCUCUCAGAGGAGGUGCUGGGGAAGGUUCGCAGUGCAGUAGGAAGUGCCCAGCUCCUAAUAUCCCAGAAGUUCCAGCAGUUCAGGGGACUGUGUGAACAGAACUUGAAUGUGAAUGCCAACCCGCGGCCCACGGCCCAGGACCUGGCUGGUUUCUGGGACCUACUGCA